GCGCCCGGCCCUGCAGCCCCAAGUUCUUCGGCCGUGACUCCAUGGUCUGUGUCUGCAACGCCACGUACUGCGACACGCUGGACCCCCUGGUCUCCUACGUCAAGUACGAGAGCAGCAAGGCCGGCAAGCGACUGGAGCGCAGCGAGGGGAGCUUCCAGCCCAGCCCACACACCCCAGAUCUCAUCCUGACUGUGGACACAACGCAGCGGUACCAGAAGGUGAAGGGUUUUGGUGGCUCCCUCACCGAUGCAGUUGCCAUCAAUAUCCUUUCCCUGCCAGAAACAGCCCAGGAUCACCUGCUUCGCUCGUAUUUCUCUGAGGAAGGGCUGGAGUACAACCUCAUCCGGCUCCCCAUGGCCAGCUGCGACUUCUCCCUCCGUGCCUACACCUACGACGACGUUCCCUUUGACUACGAGCUCAACCACUUCAGCCUGCGAGAUGAGGAUACAAAGCUGAAGAUCCCCCUCCUGCACCGAGCCUUGGCCAUGAGCAAGCGGCAGCUGUCACUGUACGCAAGUCCCUGGACCUCCCCUUCCUGGAUGAAGACCAGCGAGUCCUUCGUGGGGAAGGGCACGUUGAAGGGGCAGGCAGGGGACAAGUACCACAAGACCUGGGCCAACUACUUUAUCCGGUUCCUGGAUGAAUACGCCAAGUACAACCUGACCUUCUGGGCGGUGACGGCAGAGAACGAGCCCUCAGCUGGGCUGAUCAACAACUACCCCUUCCAGUGCCUGGGCUUCACAGCCGAGCAGCAGCGGGACUUCAUCGCACGGGACCUGGGCCCUGCACUGGCCAACAGCUCCCACCGCGAUGUGCAGCUCAUCAUCCUGGACGACAACCGGCUCCACCUCCCGCACUGGGCCAAAGUGGUCCUGGGGGAUGAAGAAGCAGCUCGCUACGUCCACGGCAUUGGCAUCCACUGGUACCUGGAUUUCAUCGGUCCCAUACAGGACACGGUGGUGCCCACUCAUGAGCUCUUCCCUGACUACUUCAUCCUGGCCACGGAGGCGUGUAUUGGGGCCCACUUCUGGGAGAGGGAUGUUAUCCUGGGCUGCUGGGAGCGAGGCAACCAGUACAGCCACAGCAUCCUGAUGAACCUGAACCACUUCGUGGUUGGCUGGACCGACUGGAACCUGGCCCUGGACCUGGAGGGGGGCCCCAACUGGGUCAAGAACUAUGUGGACAGCCCCAUCAUCGUGGAUGCCAGUGAAGGCAUCUUCUACAAGCAGCCCAUGUUCUACCACAUGGGGCACUUCAGCAAGUUCAUCCCCGAGGGCUCCCAGCGCGUGGGGCUCGUUGCCUCCAGAGAGUCCAAGAAGACAGAUCUGGAGUACACAGCUUUCCUGCGCCCCGACGGCGCUGUGGUGGUCGUGAUUCUGAACCGGUGCCCGCAGAACAUCACCUUUGGGUUGGCCGAUACGGUUGGCCUCAUCACAGCUGUGGCUCCCGCCAACUCCAUCCAGACCUCCCC